GAAUUUCAUGUCGCCAUUAUGUGACACGAAGGUGCGGCCGGCGGCGUACGGAGUGGGGGUUCUUCUCGGCUGCGCCGCCGCACUUCUCUGCAGCGCGCUUCUCCACUUUUGCGUCUCCACCUCUGCGGGCAGGUCGCUGGAGAAGGCGACGACUCCCGCACCGAUUCUCUCACGACGCGAGCGGGCGGCGAAGUUGCUGAACGAGCUGCGCCCGCAGCAAGCAUCGGCGUCUUCGGACGUCUCAGGCGCAGUCGCAGAGGCACAAAUGGAGGCGAACACCAACCCAGUGGACACUUCCUCUGCCGAAGCUGGAAAUGAGUGUUGUGGUGAAGGCGAAGCUGUUCCUUCCAACAGCAGUAGCAGCAGCAGUUGGGCGUCGACGUCGACACACCCAGAUGAAGAGGAGGAAGAUAGCGAGUAUGAGCGGAUGGAGGACUUGCGUCUGAAGAUGGUGUUUGUGGUGCGACACCCAGUUCAACCGAAGAUGUCCGCGCAGGAGGUGGCGGUGCUGACGGCCAGCGCGGGAGUGCGGCUGGUGGAACUGCAUCACGGCGGCCAAAACGUCUCCUCUCGGUCCUCCGCCGAAACGUGCGAUAGCGGGUUCGUUGCAGCCUCCGCUUCAUCGACGUUUGCGCCGACCGUACAAGAUUGGCAGCGCUGGCGGCAUUGGUACUUGUGGUGGAAUCGGAUUGGCUGCGGCAAAAUCACACUCAAGUGUCCAGAAGAGGCGGUAAUGGCGGAGGUGGUGAGGGCUGCAGAGGAGAAGCGACUUCUUGUGGUACAGCUUCGCCGCUCUCAGUUCGGCAGUCACGAUGGGGUGGCGGUAGAGAAAAUGACGCCUUCUGACUCAGAUGAGGUGGUGGUGGUUGCCCUUGGUCCGGCCCCAUCCGACCUCUUAAAUCCUGUCACGGGGGCACUCAAGUUGUAUUCGUGA